UUAAAACAAAGCCAAGCAAGGAAUAUUUUAACUGUUGAAUGUAUUAUAAAUGUUGUACAUGUUAUUGUUUGUGCUUGUUUAGCCCUGCCCUUUAAUCAGCUGCAUGUUGGAAUGAUAGGUGCUGUACAGCGUUGUGCGGCUCUGUGGGUUUACUACUGAAAAAGAUUGAACAGUAAAAAUGUGGUUUACCAGAGCUUCUUUGCAAAAAUAAAUAAAUACAUGUUCGCCUCACAUGACUUCUCUACAUUUUACACCCCAGCACCCACUAUGGUACAGUUAGGCGCCACUGGAUGUGUGCAUGGUAUUUUAAAAACUAAUUGCACCGUAGCCCUCAAAAUAAAAAGGAAGUGGCUGCAGAAAAAGUCGAGCGAACCCGAAUAAACCCGAAACCCACAAAAACAGGAAAUUAACGAUAAACACAGGAAAUACAUUCUGCCACUUCGUCAUACUGCGUACAAAUUAUAACUGUACAAACUAAAUGUUUUUAGAGUUAAUAACAGUCAUGUGUUAAACAACACUGCAGUUUCGCAAAAAAAUAAAGAAAUAAAAAAUGAGAGAGAACAAUGACGUCAUGUGAGGUCAGGGGUCCCAUGGGCACCAAGAUGGCUUUUGUUGGUGGAGGAUGUUUUGAUUUUGAAGCGUGUUAAUCUCGGGAUCAAGAUUCGUGUCUUGCAUAGCAAAACGUUAUUUUAAAAGACGCGUUCAAUAAUAUUUGGUGUUUUUUGGCUAGUAAAGAGCACGCAAACGACGACUAGUACUAAUUAUUUAAGUUGUUUGUGGUACAGUUUUUUGCAGAUUGAAUCUGUAAGAAACCUCUAAUAAAUGGCCGAAGGUGGAGCUGACGAGCUGCAGAAGCUCGAAUAUCUUUCCUUGGUUUCCAAGGUUUGUACUGAAUUGGAUAACCAUCUCGGGAUCAGCGACAAAGAUUUGGCUGAAUUUGUGAUAAACCUGGCUGAAAAGAACCCCACAUUUGAUUCCUUCAAAGGAGUACUGAUUAAAAAUGGAGCAGAAUUCACAGAUUCUCUUAUUAGCAAUUUGUUGCGUCUCAUACAAACAAUGCGACCUCCAGCAAAGCCGUCUGCAAGUCAAGGGAAGGAACCAGUGCUUAAAUCAAAGUCUGAAAAGGAGAAGCUGAAAGAGCUCUUCCCUGCCCUGUGCCGGCCAGAUAAUCCACAUACGAGAAUUACACUUGAUGAUGAUGUGAAAGUAGCAGCCGAUGCCAUGAAAGAACUUGAAGCGUUCAUGCCCAGCAUCAGUGAAGAAAAACCAAGGAGCAGUAGACAUCGUUCUUCUGAUGGUGGAAAGAGAAAGAAGCGGAGCAGAAGCAGAGACAGAGACAGAGAUAGAGAUAGAGAGAGGGACAAGCACCGUGACAGGAAGAUUCUUCACCGCUCCCGCUCCCGCUCCCGGGACAGAGGGAAGGGGAAAUCCCGCUGGCGAUCCCGGAGCAGGAGCCUCAGCCCCAGCAGAGAACGCUGGGACAAAGACAAGGGAGCCGACCGUUGGAAAGACAAGCAUGUGGACCGGCCGCCUCCCGAGGAACCCACAGUGGGAGACAUCUACAAUGGCAAAGUCACUAGUAUCAUGCAAUUUGGCUGCUUCGUGCAGCUGGAGGGACUGAGGAAACGAUGGGAAGGAUUGGUUCACAUCUCAGAACUCAGAAGAGAGGGGAGAGUCGCCAAUGUUGCAGAUGUGGUUAGCAAAGGUCAAAGGGUAAAGGUCAAGGUGCUGUCUUUUACCGGAUCUAAAACCAGCUUAAGUAUGAAGGAUGUGGACCAGGACACUGGUGAGGACCUGAACCCCAACAGGCGUCGGAACAUGGGUGGAGAAGGCAGCGAGGAGACGACCAUGCGGAACCCAGACAGACCCAGUCACAUGUCCCUGGUUAGCAUGCCUGAGGUGGAGGACGACACUCUGGAGCGCAAACGGCUCACCAAGAUCUCGGACCCAGAGAAAUGGGAGAUCAAACAGAUGAUUGCAGCCAACGUUCUCUCUAAGGAAGAGUUUCCAGACUUUGAUGAAGAGACUGGUAUUCUCCCUAAAGUCGACGAUGAAGAAGAUGAGGACCUGGAGAUUGAGCUUGUGGAGGAAGAGCCACCAUUCCUGAGGGGACACACCAAGCAGAGCAUGGAUAUGAGUCCUGUGAAAAUUGUGAAGAAUCCCGAUGGCUCCCUGUCCCAGGCUGCUAUGAUGCAGAGUGCGUUGGCAAAAGAGAGAAGGGAGGUGAAACAGGCCCAGCGUGAGGCGGAGAUGGACUCCAUUCCAAUGGGGCUCAAUAAGCACUGGGUAGAUCCCUUACCUGAUGCCGAUGGCAGGCAGAUUGCAGCCAACAUGCGAGGUAUUGGGAUGAUGCCCAACGAUAUCCCAGAGUGGAAGAAACAUGCGUUCGGAGGCAACAAAGCAUCUUAUGGCAAAAAGACGCAGCUGUCAAUCCUGGAGCAGAGAGAGAGCCUGCCAAUCUACAAGCUGAAAGAGCAGCUCAUUCAGGCAGUCCACGAUAACCAGAUUCUGAUUGUAAUUGGAGAGACUGGGUCAGGUAAGACCACCCAGAUCACACAGUACCUGGCGGAGGCAGGCUACACCACCAGGGGAAAGAUCGGCUGUACCCAGCCUCGACGUGUGGCUGCCAUGUCUGUCGCCAAGCGAGUGUCCGAGGAGUACGGUUGCUGUUUGGGCCAGGAGGUGGGUUACACUAUUCGAUUUGAAGACUGUACGAGUCCCGAGACUGUCAUUAAGUACAUGACAGACGGUAUGUUGCUCAGAGAGUGCCUGAUUGACCCCGACCUUGGCCAGUAUGCCAUCAUCAUGUUGGACGAGGCCCACGAGAGGACCAUCCACACUGAUGUGCUCUUUGGGCUGCUUAAAAAGACUGUGCAGAAGCGCACUGACAUGAAACUAAUUGUGACGUCGGCCACGCUGGAUGCUGUGAAGUUCUCGCAGUAUUUCUAUGAAGCUCCCAUUUUCACGAUCCCUGGAAGAACAUACCCUGUGGAGAUUCUGUACACCAAGGAGCCAGAGACAGACUAUCUGGAUGCCAGCCUCAUCACUGUGAUGCAGAUUCAUCUGACUGAGCCUCCAGGUGAUGUUUUGGUUUUCCUGACUGGUCAGGAGGAGAUUGACACUGCCUGCGAGAUCCUGUAUGAGAGAAUGAAGUCCCUGGGACCGGAUGUCCCAGAGUUGAUCAUCCUCCCUGUCUACUCUGCUCUGCCCAGUGAGAUGCAAACUAGGAUAUUCGAUCCAGCUCCGCCUGGCAGCAGAAAAGUAGUUAUUGCUACAAACAUUGCAGAGACAUCAUUAACAAUUGAUGGGAUUUACUAUGUGGUGGAUCCGGGAUUUGUAAAACAAAAAGUGUACAAUUCAAAGACUGGAAUCGAUCAGCUGGUGGUGACUCCAAUUUCACAGGCCCAGGCUAAGCAGAGAGCUGGCAGAGCUGGCAGAACAGGCCCUGGGAAGUGUUACAGGCUAUACACAGAACGUGCCUACAGAGAUGAAAUGCUGACUACGAACGUGCCAGAAAUCCAGAGAACUAACCUGGCCAGCACUGUGCUGUCACUGAAGGCUAUGGGGAUCAAUGACCUGCUGUCCUUCGAUUUCAUGGAUGCCCCCCCAAUGGAGACUCUGAUCACAGCGAUGGAGCAGCUGUACACCCUCGGCGCUCUGGAUGAUGAGGGGCUGCUCACACGCCUGGGGCGCAGGAUGGCUGAAUUUCCUCUGGAGCCCAUGCUGUGUAAAAUGCUAAUCAUGUCCGUCCAUCUGGGCUGCAGUGAGGAAAUGCUGACCAUCGUCUCCAUGCUUUCAGUGCAGAACGUCUUCUAUAGACCAAAGGACAAGCAAGCCCUUGCUGACCAGAAAAAGGCCAAGUUCCACCAGCCUGAGGGAGACCACCUCACCCUGCUGGCUGUCUACAACUCCUGGAAGAACAACAAGUUCUCCAACCCCUGGUGUUACGAGAACUUCAUCCAGGCUCGCUCCCUGCGCCGGGCACAGGACAUCCGUAAGCAGAUGUUAGGCAUCAUGGACAGGCAUAAACUGGACGUGGUAUCUUGUGGCAAAGCUACAGUCAGAGUGCAGAAAGCAAUCUGCAGCGGUUUCUUCAGAAAUGCAGCUAAAAAGGACCCUCAAGAAGGCUACCGGACCCUUAUUGAUUCACAAGUAGUCUAUAUUCACCCAUCUAGUGCACUUUUUAAUAGACAACCAGAGUGGGUGGUAUACCAUGAGCUGGUACUGACAACAAAGGAAUACAUGCGAGAGGUGACCACCAUAGACCCUCGCUGGCUGGUGGAGUUUUCUCCAGCCUUCUUCAAAGUGUCUGAUCCAACCAAACUCAGCAAGCAGAAGAAACAGCAGAGACUGGAGCCUCUGUACAACCGCUACGAGGAGCCCAAUGCCUGGAGAAUCUCUAGGGCCUUCAGACGCCGCUAGAGGCCUUGUCACGAGGAGGCUCAGAGGCGAGGCAUGAAGAACUGUACAAUGCAGUCCGUGCUGGGAUUAUAUUUUGCUUUCAGAUCAUUAAUCCACAUGAAGAUUGGCAGACAAAAGCAGAGGCUGUAUUUAAGAAUAUGUAUAUUUUCCCUCAUUUUCAAAGGAACACGAUCAGAACUUUCAUUUUGUUGCUUGGCAGUGGUUGUGGAUUAAUUUGUUCUGCGCUGCCAUAUAGUGGCAAAAAAUGCCCCCCCCCCCAUUCAGAGCAAUUGUCUUUUAUAGAACCUGUUACAUUUCUCAUUAAACGUACUACUUGGAUAGAGUAAGAUUUGCAUUGAAUUCAGAUUGUCAUGAACACUGUAAUCAAAUGGUUAAAUACAGUAGCUCUGAAAACCA